AUGGGCUCACCAGAUCAUUCACAAUCCUCCGAUAUGACCGGGUUCACUGACCUUGUCCGCAGGAAUAUGCCACCACCGCUGCCACCACGACUGUGUGGCUCCAUGAAACCCACCUGCUUCUGCCAACCGUCUUCUUCUAAGAAGUAUCCUCCCAAGCAAGAAGUGGUGGAAAACGCUGAUUCUUUCGAUUUGUUCCCACACCGACUCGCGAAUCCUUCAAGCGAUUUCGAUACAGAUUCUCUUGGCUUCGUCGAUAUUGAGGAGUUGAGAAAAUUGGAAGAACUGAUUUCAUGUGAUCAUGUAAGCCUCUCCACUGAAGUCUCAAUUUCUUCUGAUGGUAAAGAGGAUCCAAGCGAGCACCCAGAGUUGGUCUUCUGGCGUGCAGUUGCAACGCAGCGGGCGAGCGAGCUCGACGGUAUUAAAGAAGAAAUUGAAAAGAUCGUGUCGUUGACCAUGAAGAAUAUCGCCGAAAAGAAAGAAUUGGACAGUAAACAUGAUGAGCUGUAUAGCCAAUUGCAAAGGAUUCUCGAGAGUUCGGACGGUGAAGAAGACCCAGGCACACCGGCAAACGAGGAGCGGCAAAUAACUUAG